AUGGAUCGCAGCGCCGAGAGGAGGGCGGUCCCGACGACCAGCGCCAGCCAGGCGGGGCAGCAGCGCCCGCAGCACGGCCGCCCCAUCGCGCGCCAGCUCGCGGGGCGCGCGCGGCGCCGGGGCCCAGGGCCGGGCCUGGCGCACGCGCUGGAGCAGCGCGAGGGUCUGGGGGAGGCGUGCCCUGCAGCCACCGUGCAACCAGAGGAGGGGCGCUGGAGCGGGAACGGAGGAGCUCCCCUGGCCACGGCGAGCCUCGGCCUCGAGUGCGCCUCCCGACCGGGCUCCGGGGAAGCGCCCGAGGACCAGCGCCCUAUGCGAUCCCGAACUGGCCCUGAUUGCAGCGUCUUGACUGCAGGCGUCUCGAGCGCGCUGGGCACCAGCAGCUUUCCGGCAUGGCCUCGGGGCAGCGGGGCGGAGGCGGGGGAUGAGCAGGAAGAGGGGGCGGGAAACCGAGGAGGGGGGGAGAGGAGGAAGAGGUCGAAAAGUACGAGGUGA